AUUAAAACCGCUUAAAAGGAAGUAUAUGAACCAAAAUCUAAAGUGUUAAUGUCAUUUUACACAAAGAAAAAAAAAAAAACUACUAUAAACAUAUAAAAUAAAUAAAUAAAAAGCUAAACAAUUUACAACUUCCAUUGUAAUUGUUCAGGAGUAUCCUGAGAAGUGAAGAAGUGGAGAGGCAGAGUACCCUCUUUGAAAAGGACAGGUUAGUUUCACUUACAAAACACAAAAAAAAAAGAAAAAAAAAAAGAAGGUACGUUUCACCGUGAAUCCUAUAAAAAUAUACUUAAAACAAGAGGAAGAGAAAAGGCAACGAGAGAACGGAGGAGGAGAAGAAAGAAGCAGAGAAACAACAAAAUAGCAACAACAGCCAGCAGUAACACAAGAAAACCAAAAGUGGGUCAUAACUACACACGUCGUCUUCAGGCAAAAUCCAUGUGCCCACAUGGCUGUUUGUGAGCUUUGAAAGAAACAAAUAGCCAAAACCAAAAGAAAAAGACCCAAACUUUUUUUUUCAUAUAUAUAUAUAUAUAUGUAUUAUACUUUAGAUCAUCAUUAAGUUCUAGUUUCUAGUUUAGAUUUUGGAUAGAAACCCAUUAUCAGAAAUAGCUCACAGAAAAAAAAUGUGAAGAAAAACUAAGAAAAAAAGCUUUCUAAGAUUGGUCUUUUUCUUUUACUGUUUGUUCGUAUUUGAGGAGUGACGUUGUGAAUUUUAGUUGGGGUUGAGAAGAUGAAGGAGAAAAGUGAGGGUGGUGGAGGAGGGUAUGUAAGAGCAGAUCAGAUAGAUCUGAAGAGCUUGGAUGAGCAACUCCAAAGGCAUCUUAGUAGAGCGUGGACGAUGGAGAAGAACAAGAACAGAAAAGAGGAAGGAGAGGAAGUCGGCGGCGGAGGAGGAGGUGGAGAACAGCUAAGGCCAAGCAACAGUGCGAGAAGACAAGAGUGGGAGAUUGAUCCUUCUAAGCUUAUCAUUAAAAGUGUCAUAGCUCGUGGCACUUUUGGUACUGUUCACCGUGGUAUUUAUGAUGGCCAAGAUGUUGCCGUUAAACUUCUUGAGUGGGGAGAAGAGGGCCACAGAUCCCAGGCUGAACUAGCUUCACUUAGAGCAGCCUUUACACAGGAAGUUGCUGUGUGGCAUAAGCUCGAUCAUCCUAAUGUAACAAAGUUUAUAGGGGCGACAAUGGGCUCAUCAGAGCUGAACAUACAGACAGAAAAUGGUCAUAUUGGCAUGCCAAGUAAUGUUUGUUGUGUUGUUGUUGAAUAUUGUCCUGGGGGUGCUUUGAAAUCGUACCUGAUAAAGAAUCGAAGAAGGAAGCUGGCCUUUAAAGUAGUUGUUCAACUGGCACUAGAUCUUGCACGAGGGUUGAGCUAUCUUCACUCCAAGAAGAUUGUCCAUAGAGAUGUCAAAACAGAAAACAUGCUUCUGGACAAGACACGUACUGUGAAAAUAGCUGAUUUUGGGGUUGCUCGCCUUGAGGCUUCAAAUCCUAAUGACAUGACUGGAGAGACUGGAACACUUGGUUACAUGGCACCAGAGGUCCUCAACGGCAAUCCCUACAAUAGAAAGUGUGACGUGUAUAGUUUUGGUAUCUGCUUGUGGGAGAUAUACUGCUGUGACAUGCCAUAUCCUGAUCUCAGCUUCUCAGAAGUGACAUCUGCCGUCGUGCGCCAGAAUCUCAGGCCAGAGAUACCUCGUUGCUGUCCAAGUUCUCUUGCAAAUGUAAUGAAGCGAUGUUGGGAUGCCAACCCUGACAAACGGCCGGAGAUGGAUGAAGUGGUGUCCAUGUUGGAGGCUAUCGACACAUCUAGGGGAGGAGGCAUGAUCCCACAUGAUCAGCCUCAGGGUUGUUUGUGUUUUCGAAGAUAUCGCGGACCUUGAGAUUGUUACCCUUUGAAUUAAAGAUGCUUUCUGGGUUAGAGUCCAGUUUAUUCAUAUUUAAUUGAAUCGGAAAGAUGGCAAUGUAAGAGCUUAUAGUACGAAUUGUGGAGUUUAUUGACUAGGAAAUGCUCCACAAUAUCAGCUAUUUGGAAUAUGCAUUUUGUAAAGCUUUUCUUUCUCUCCCUUUAGUUUCCUUCAUUUACCGUAUAUCUGAUCCACUGGCCAGUUAUAUAACAGAUCGGCCACAACCUUUCAUAGAAGCUUCAAUAUCCCAUUAAGAUGAUGGAUCCUUGGUUAUC